AUGAAUCCAUCAAGUAAAUCAGAAGAGCUAUCAUUUUCGCGACUUUCAUCCAAGUCAUUUAUUUCUUAUGAAAGAAAAACAAAACAAUUAGUAAAAACAAAUGCUCAUGAGUCUCGCAUUAAGAGUCUCAAAAAUUUACUUAAAAAUGUUUCUUUAAAUUUUAUCAAAGAACGAAAAAAUUUAAAAUCUGAAUGGGAAAAUAAACACUCAUCGAUAGUAACCCAAAUGAAGAUGCUAGAGGAUGAGCUUGACACACGAAAGAAAGAAUUGGAAACUGCCAAUGCUGAGUUACACUCAAAGAAAGAUGAAUUAGAUGUCAUCAUUGCUAAAAAUUCCGAGCUAAAUGUCAUCAACCAAGAAUUGGAGGAUACAAAUGCUUUGUUAGUUUUUCGAAUUAAAGAAUUGGAAGCUUCAAAUACCAGAAUAGACAAUCAGAAUAAAGAAAUCAAGACUUCAAAUGCUAAUUUAAACGUGCACAACCAAGAAUUAGAGGCCUUAAAUAAAGAAUUAACUGCAAAAACCAAAGAUCUAGAAUCUUCAAAUGAUGAGUUAAUUGCUCAAACCAAAGAAUUAGAGGUCUCCAAUACCAAAAUAGAUAUCCUGAAGAAUGAAUUGAAGGUUUCAAAUUACAAGUUAGCUGCACUUGAGAAGGUGUUUGUAAAUUCAACUGUUGAAUUAGAUACGCAAAUAAAAAAGUUAAGGUCUUCCAAUGCUGAAUUAGCAGCUCAUAUGAAGACCUCUAAUUCUAAGUUAGCAACCUACCAGAUUGAUUUGAAGAUUUCCAAUAUAGAGUUGAACACUAAAAUUAAAAAAGUCAAAGAUUUAUAUGCAAAUUUUUAUCAAUUAAAAGAAAUUAAGAUUUCAAAUGCUGACUUAAACAUACGAAACCAAGAAUUAGAGGCUUUAAAUAAAGAAUUAACUGCACAAACUAAAGAACUGAAAUCUUCAAAUGCCGAGUUAACUACUCAAAUUAAAAAAUCCAAGGUUGGUAAUGAACAGUUAGCUGCACUUGAGAAGAUGUUUGCAAAUUCAACUGUUGAAUUAGAUGCACAAAUGAAGAAGUUAAAGGCUUCCAAUGCUGAAUUGGCAGCCCAGGUGAAGACCUCUAAUUAUAAGAUAGCAGCCUACAAGAAAAAGGAUUAA